AAAAUAAAGUACCGAUAGUAGAGAUUAGAGAAAUAGAUUAUCAAGUGCCUAGUUUUGAAGAGUUUGCAAAGACUUAUCAAGAGAACGAACAAACAACCAGGUUCUAUGAGGAUAUUUUUCAAGCCGAAGUUUUACAAGGUCCACAAUAUGGACCAGGCAAUAGCCAGAGCCAGUUAGGUGCAAACACUGGAGUAUUUGGGGUUGUUGGCAAAGAAACUCAUUCUGGUCGAACUAUGGGAAAUAAUCAAGUAGUUAAUUAUAUUAGGUUUCAUUUAAAUCGUCAAUUGACUUAUGCUAACGGAAGGUUUAGCCGUAUUGAUUUUAUUGAUCGUUCUCCUUUUAAUAAUAUCCAAGUUGGGGAUACUUUAAAGAUUGAUUUAGAUAAAGUUAGCAAUAGAAAUUGUAAUUAUAAAUUUAGUGCUUGUGAUGUGGCAGAGAGAGAAAAUGUGAGUUUAGGAAAUCUGACAAAAGAGGAGGAAAUGGCAGGAAAGGCCGCCGUAGGCUUAGUUACGAUAGGUGCUAAUAUUCUUUGUCCUGAGUUUGGAGAAUUUAUGGCAGAUGUUGGUAGAGUGGGGGGAUUUGGUGCUGAAAUUUACGGUAAUCUGAGUGGUGAUAAAGAAAUAGAAAAGUUGGGAGAAAUU